CCUGUCAAUUCAGCCGAAGUCGGCCUCUGUCUGGGAAUAUAUAAACAUAUUUCAAAUAAAGCAAAAAAAAAUAAAAACCGAGGAGGCUUCGAGCAAGUGGCACUACUAAAUAUUCCAUCAUUUCUCGCAUUCAUUCAAAACAUUGAAUAAAAUCAGCCAACGACUAAACGUAACUUUGCCUCUCUCUGCUAUUUCGUAUUUGUAUUUGCUAUUCCUAAUAUAAAAAAAAACCAAAAAAAAACAAUUCGUUGAAACAUGCAGCCUAAUAUUUCGGAUAAUUCGAAGGUACCUGGGACCAUAAGCAAUUCUGUUUCCAUCACACCGGCGCCACCACUGUCCCAACAGCAUCAGAAUCAGCUCAACGAGCUGAAGAACGAUCGCUCUACGCCAAGAGAAGACGCCCAGACACCCGCUCAAAGACAGGCGGCAGCUAAGAUGGCACUGCGAAAGCAGCUGGAAAAGACGCUGCUGCAGAUUCCCCCACCAAAGCCACCACCGCCAGAGAUGCACUUCAUACCCAAUCCCAGCAACACGGACUUUGUAUAUCUUCUGGGCCUGGAGACUGUGGUCGAUUAUCUGACCGUCAACAAGAAGGCCAAUGCCGUGGCUGCUCCCUUCCGCUGUGCCCAGUGCAAGAUUGACUUUACACCUGUGUGGAAAUGGGAAAAGCAGACCAACAAGGAUCCCAAGGUGAUCUGCGAGCAGUGCGUCACCUCCAAUGUUAAGAAGGCCCUGAAGGCGGAGCACACCAAUCGACUGAAACAGGCGUUUGUGAAGGCCCUCCAGCAGGAGCAGGAAAUCGAGCAGCGCUUGGCCAGCCAGAGCAGUCCCUCGCCGGUGGACAAUCAUGGUUCGAGUGGCGGCAGCAACAACAACAACAACAGCAGCAGCAAUUCGCUAUCCGUGUCCGCUGUAAGCAGCUCCAAUUCCUCGUCGUCGCAUAUGCAAAGGGAACGGGAACAAUUGCAGGCGACGCAUGCUUCGGCUGCUGCCGCAUUGGUCAAUCUGCCGCCGUCGGUGACGGUUAUACCCACCAAAUGCCAGACACCAACGCCAGCCACACCGCGUCCAACGCCUCCGCCACCGCAGAGUCAACCCACACCGCCGCCAUCGUCGGGCACGUCGCGAUCUUCGCGAGCGGCAGCAACCGCCGCCGCUGCUGCCAUUGCUGCCCAGCAGGCGGGUAUCCUUAGUCCCGGGCCAACGGCAGCGCAUCAUCACGAGGCGGCCUCAUCGUCUCGUUCCUCCCGCAACGACCGCCACGAUCAUCACCACCAGUCGCAGCAGCAGCAGCAACGCGAUCAGCGGGAACGGGAUCAGCAGACGCAACAGCAGCAGCAGCAGCAGGCGCAGAGCUAUGACAAGUACUCGGCAGCCACGCUGGCGGCGGCUGCUCAUCUCAGUGCCCUCGGCGGCAUGGGCGGCCUCAACCUCAACAGCCUGGCCAGUCUGGGCAAUCUCGGCAAUCUGGGUAACCUUAGCCAGCUGGGCAAUCUGGCGGCCUUGGGCGGCCUGGGCAACUUUGGUGGUGGAGCCAGCUCGGCCUCGAACAAUGCAGCGGCGGCGGCUGCCUCGGGAUUGGGUAAUUCCUCGCCAGCGGCCACGGCGGCAGCCAUGCAGGCGUUCCAGCAGCAGCUAUUUAGAGCUUUGGGACAAGGUCUUGGUGCCAAUCCCCAGCAUAUGAUGCAGUUUGCUCCGCUUUUGUACUCUUAUCAGGUCGCCAUGGCGCAGGCGGCCCAAGUGGCUGCCUUCAACAACAACAACAAGAAGAGUAGCUCCUCCUCGGGAUCGUCCAAGAACUCGAGCAGCGCCAGCAGCAUGGCGGACGUGCAGCGGGCGGCGGAGCUGCAACGCCAAUAUCUGCUGGAGAUGAUUCCUCCACAGCAGCAGAGCGGUGCCAGUGGCAGUCGCCAGAACAACUGGAAGGCCUAAAAGGUCAAACUAAACAAUAAAUAAACCCAUAAACGUUAAACAUAAGCAGCAGCAGCA